GAAUUGGAACGCAGACCGCAAGCCAGGCCUAAUUGCCCUUCAUCAGUGCCCAACCUCACUAAUGCACUUGUGGCUGAAUUGAAGCAAGUUCCCGGUGGAGGCUGUAUAGCAGCAAAGGGGAGACCAACUCCAUAUUAAUGCUCAUGAUUUUGGAAUGAGAUGUUCAACGAGCACGUGUCCACAUACUUUUGGGAAUGUAGUGUAUGUGAUGGGAUUCUCGUGGAAAUUCAACACAGGGACACUCGAAUUCAAUCUUAAAUUAAUGAAGUUUUUUUAUCAGCAUGCUGGAGAGGUCAAACUUAGAAGUAUAAAGUACCGUUCUGAAGGUAUCUCCCUCAGGGCAGUACCACUACAUCUCUUAUAUACUGGUUACAGACACGUUACAUAGUAAUAGUUCAUAGGGUUGGUUCUGGCAUGUGUCUGGCACCGCCUCCUGUCUUAACUUAUAGAACAUAUUCUGGCCGUUCUGCCAGAUGGUCCUAAGGAGAGGGUCAUGCCAAAUCUGUGCUUAUCAACAGUGCCAAACUAACAACUCUGCCAUUAGACAGGCUUGAUUGUAUUUACAGCUCUGAUCUGGAUGGUGGACUAGCCCUGUGUUGGAUAAUUGUCAACGGCCAUUCCAGUGGAGUGGUACUUGGGUUGGGGGAGGGGCUAAUGCCCCCCAAACCCUGAUUAUAUAAAUGUAUAGGAUACAUAACUCUGCAACACAGGCUAGAAACAGGCUGUUAAAGGCACCAGAGAGACGUGGCUCUAUUGUACAUGGGGAUAACUGUAUACAUUCAUUUAAUUCAGGGUGGAAGGUAAAACCAAAUUAUUUAUGGAGUUGGCUCUAAAUACUACAUCAUAAUGAGCAGCAGUAGUUCAGGUGUUGAGGUUUUUCAUCUGGUUAUUAUGACGAAUAACGAUUUUGCAGGUGUUGGUGUUCGCUGACUUUUUGGAGAGGGAAGGGUGGAGCUCUUCAUUCCAGCAUCUGUUAAGCUCUCAUCCUAACACAUAAGAACUCAGAACUAAAUUGUGCGGCUGACCAAUUACGUGAGACAUUAGUUCUGGGUUAACCAAGAUUAACUCAGGGGUGAAAGAUGUGUUCAACUCCAAUGAAUACUCAAAGGUUCUGAACAUAAGACAGGAGGCAUUACAAGUGUUAUACGUUUUUACAUUAGUAAAGAAAUAUACCACUUCCAUUUGAGAAAUGUCCCAAAGUGAUUUGAAAACUGUACAUUUGUGGAAAGUAGUGAACAGUUACACACUUCAGGAGAAAGGAGGUAUUAUAAGGAUGCAGCCACCAAUCAGAGAUUUAGACUAAUCAAAUGUUUGGUCUAAUGAUAUUCUAUGUACAAUACUUCCUGUGGUCACCAGGACAGAGCUAGUCCGUCCCCCUCCACCCUGCCGGAGUCCCCUGGUCACAACUCUCCUGGUAGCUCCUUACUGCUGGGUCUCAAGAGGGUGUUUGUGCGGCUGGUCGACUGCAGGAAAACAACAGGGCAGAGUGGAACUGUGAGAGAAGGACACGAGGAUGGAGAUUUGAUUUCAUCAAGGGACACCCCUAACCGUCAUUCUCUCAGUGGCAGGUGCUUAUCUUCUGGGCAUCCUCAACCACAUGUUGCUGACGAGACAGAGAAGAGUCUUUCCAGAUCAGAACAUCUCAAGAAACAUCAGCAGAGGUGUACAGGGAAGAAACAUCACCACUGCUGCUCUGACUGUGGGAAGAGUUUCACAAACCGGAGUGACUUCAUUAUUCACCAGCGGAUUCACACCGGAGAGAAACCGUACUGCUGCUCACAGUGUGGGAAGAGUUUCGCUGCUUCUAACACCUUAAAAUCUCACCUGAGAAUUCAUACAGGGGAGAAGCCUUACCCCUGCCUUGAUUGUGGGAAAAGCUUUUCAUAUUUGGGAGCCCUAAACAUACACAAGCUAUCACACACUGGAGUGAAGCCUUAUAGCUGUGAUCAAUGUGGGAAGAGCUAUACUGUAUCAGAUGCCCUAACUAUACACCAGUGCAUACACACAGGAGAGAAAUCUUAUAUCUGUGAUCAGUGUGGGAAGGGCUUCAGUCAAUCAGGGCCCCUAAAUUCACACCAGCGAACACACACUGGAGAGAAACUUUAUAGCUGUGAUCAGUGUGGGAAGAACUUUGCUCUAGCUUCCUCCCUGACUAGACACCAUCGAACACACACUGGAGAGAGACCUUAUGUCUGUCUAUGUGGGAAGAGCUUUGCUCUAGCUUCCACCCUGAAUACACACCAGCUAACACACACUGGAGAGAGACCUUAUGUCUGUCUAUGUGGGAAGAGCUUUGCUCUAGCUUCCACCCUGAAUACACACCAGCUAACACACACUGGAGAGAAGCCUUUUAGAUGUGAUAAGUGUGGGAAGAGCUUUGCUAUAGCUUCCUCCCUGACUAGACACCAUCGAACACACACUAGAGAGAAACCUUUUACCUGUGUUAAGUGUGGGAAGAGCUUCAGUCAAUCAGGAACACUAAAUUCACACCAGCGAACACACACUGGAGUGAAACCUUAUAGAUGUGCUCAGUGUGGCAAGAGCUUUGCUCAAUCAGUACACCUGAAUAUACACCAGAGACAACACACAGGAGAGAAACCUUUUAGCUGUGAUCAGUGUGGGAAGAGCUUUGCUGUGUCAGAAAAACUUACUAUACACCAGCGUAUACACACAGGAGAGAAGCCUUAUAGCUGUGAUCAGUGUGGGAAGAGCUUCAGUCAAUCAGGGACCCUAAAUUCACACCAGCGAACACACACUGGAGAGAAACCCUAUGUUUGUCUAUGUAGGAAGCGCUUUGCUUAUGUAGGGCAAUUGAAAAAACACCAGAAAACAAAAACGUGCCGUAUUUCCUCUCCCUCCUAUCUGUCACCGGUUCCAGUACACUAAAUAAAGGACCAAUAGGAAAUAUCUAGUGAACAGUCAUAUCCAUCUCCCAUUCUUAAACAGUUGCCUCAGUCUGAUCACCAUGGUAACCUCUGUGCAGCAUAAUAUGCAGCUCUGAUCUAGCAUCAGGUUUCCCCUGUGUCUAUGUAAUAUCACACAUUGAUCUAAAUGGAUAAAUGUUAUCAUAGGAAAUGUUAUAGUGAACUUGUGAGGAUGUUGAUAAUUGUAUCUU